AUCAUGAUUGCUGGAUACGAUGUCGCCACUCUUGGACACAUGGUCUUAGCCCGCCGAUGGAGGUAGGGUGAUUCCGAAAAGCAAAUGCAAACUCACCGGGUGCUUUGUGUGCCCUUGAGAGUAAUAUGGUGAAAAUGCAUUGGUGCCAGCCUAACAACGGUCUUGGGGAGGAGGAGGUUGAGCCGAAGAUGCCAUUGGACAUUUGCAACGCAGGUCAGGCUGACAAAACCACGGCACGCAGCUGGGCUUGCAGAGAAUCCUAGGUAGAGCAUCCUCCCCCCCGGCUGAUUCCUUGACGGGUGAGACAUGCGCAUGCUUCUGUUGCGCCUGUGCGGCCGAAUUCGGCGAAGAGAGGGAGAGGCAGCUCCCCAUGUCAGCCGCUAAGACGGGCUCACACAGGAUUCAGGAUCUUCUUCUCCCGGUCUCUCAUCGCAGGGCUGCCCUUUUCUCUGAUGGUGCAAGCACGAGAGUACCACUGCCCAAUUCCAGGCUAGCUGAAUCUCGGAAGGCUUCCCCAGGCAACCCGCGUCUGCUAUGUACCAUGUCUCGACAGACGUCGGUUUCUCUCUGUGCCGGCAGUCUAGAUGAAGACGCUCUGCUUCGCGUCUCAAUUGCCGUCUCAGCUGUGGGACUCGACAUGACCAUGUCCGGAAGCGAAUUGCAGCAGAGAAACGACGACAGCGACUGGCCUGUUGCGAAGGAAGGAUUACUGACGCAAUCGACGUCGCCUAACCUCAAAUCUCCAAGCAACUCUCAGGCUGCAAACCGCCUGUCAUUCUCACCCAUCGUGGCCUCGCCUUCAGAUAAACCGGCCCCGCUGCCGGCAGACGUCCCCCCUGUCGAGGGCCAGAGGGAGCAGCUUGGCCACCAGCUCGAGCUGGCGGAGCACAAAGCCCUGGAGAUGAGCAUCGUCGAAAUGGCAUUGAGCACGGUCGAGGGCGUGCCCAAUCUCUAUGUUGGAGGUCUAUGGGCCCUCCGCCGCUCUCAGUCCCUCUUGGACCGCAAAAUCACCCACGUCCUCUCCCUCGUCUCCUUCAACCCGGCCAAUCUCAAAAACUUCAAGGACGAGCCCUUCUCCGAGUACGGCAAGCCCUUCAAGCACCUCCUCAUCGACAUUGACGACGUCGAGGACGAAGACCUCCUCAUUGAGCUGCCCAAGGCCGUCAAGUUCAUCGACGAGGGCCUCCGCAGCCGGAGAAGUCAGCACCAGAGCUCCGGCAGCGAUGUCGCCACGGCAGAGAAGGCGGUUGAGCGCAUUAGCCUAGACGGUAGCAGCAGCAGCAGCAGCAGCAGUAUCAAGGACGUCUCCAAAGAGGCAGCCUCAGACCCCCCCUCGCACAGGCAGCCUCGACGCGGCGGCGUCUUUAUCCACUGCGCCGCCGGGAAAUCUCGCUCCAUCUCCGCCCUCAUCGCAUUCCUCCUCUGGCGGUACCCAGACCGCUUCACCGGCCCCGCCGGCGCGCAGCUUGCCUCGUCUCUUCACGGCCCCGAAAUCGACGAGUCCGUCGCCGAGCCCGUCCGUGCGGCGCUCGCCCUCAUCAAGCAGACGCGGCCCCUUGCCGAACCCAACCCGGGCUUCAUGGAACAGCUCGACCUCUGGUGGCAGAUGGGCUGCCCUGCCGAUGGCGACAUCGAGACCCAGCCCAUCUACCAGCGCUGGCUGUAUCAGCGCGCCGCCAGGGAGAGCAUCGCCGUGGGACAGGCGCCCUCGCAGCUCUGGUUCGAGGACGAGGCGGCAACCCAGGCAAACCCGCCAGCGUCGCCGACAUCAUCGUCUUCGGCCCCCACGCCGGACAGGAAGCUCCGGUGCAAAAAGUGCCGCCGCAUCCUGGCCACGGCGCCCUUCAUCGUGCCGCACAAGCCCAAGGACGAUGCCGCCGCCGCCGCCGCCGCAGCGCCAUGCCAGCACUUCUUCAUCGAGCCCCUCAGCUGGAUGCGCGCCGAGCUGGAAAAGGGCGAGCUGAGCGGCCGGCUGUCGUGCCCAAACACAAAGUGCGGUGCCGGCGUGGGGCGGUACGACUGGAAGGGCUUCCCGUGCUCGUGCGGCUCGCGUGAAGAUCCGGCCUUUUCGCUGCAGAAGGCGAGGGUCGAUGAGGAGCUGUCCAGGGCUGCCCUGCGGAUGCCUCCUGGCCGAGGCGGCAACGGGAAUCUGUGA